CAGAGGAAUCCCACACACACACGCCCUGGUGUGUUUUUUGCUGUCACUGUGUUUGCUCUGCCAUGCUUGCAUUUUUUAUUCCUCACUCACACCGUCAGUGAGGAUCCACAUGACUUGAAUGAACAUUUUUGACCUUUUCUUUUUUAUUCUCUAGACAUUUUUUUUUUUUUUUUUUGCACACAUCGUUCACACAUCUGCCACCAUGUGCCUUCUGAAAGCUGUGCUGCUGUUUUGUUUCCUUGGUCCUACUUCCUGUGUUCAGUUUCUUGCUCAUCUGAACAUGGGUGGAGUCACAGGGCAGAUCCGGUUUGAUUCAGCCUCCCAGAUGGCUACCGUCAAUGUGUCUGGUGCCGGAGUCUGCGGUUCCCUCCGCUUCUCUCUCAGUGAGUUCCCGGUCAUGUAUGGGCAUUUUGCUCAGCCAUGUUCCGAGGCAAAUAUUGGCCCUAGCGUCCUGACCUUCACCGCCGAUUCUGCCUCAGACUCAGUCGUUAACGUCUCACACCUGUUUGAGCAAAGAUCAAACUUGGACGACCUCUCGCUGACUUUGGAAACCUGUAACGGCACUAAAGUAUGCACGGUUGUAAGUCAAGGUCAAACGUUCAUGACAUAUCAGGCCAGAUUCACUGGGUCUGUUGCUGGUAAUGUUUACAUCCGUCUAAACACAGGAGUUAGCAACAUCAGGUUGCUUGCUGACCUGGCAACAAUUGGACAGGUCAAUGCUUCACAGACCAAUGUCACUCUAUUUGGAUCUGUGAGCAGUGCUGCUAACUGCGAUGUUCUUCUCGGAAGCUUAGACCCCUCAGCUUUGACCCAGCUGGGUGUUUUAAAAGUUGGAACCCCUCUCCAACCAGUGAAAUCCCGUUUGGACAUGGCCACCUUCAACAACAGCACCGUCUUUCUUCUCUAUCAAAUGGGGUCAGGCUACAAGUGUGCUCAGAUCUAUAUAAUGCAAAAAAAAGAGGUGAGUGCACUCGUGGAUUUGAGAGGGAUCAAAGGCUACCUCCGCUUCCGACAGGCUUCCCCAUUUGACGUAACAGAGCUGAGGGUGAACCUGACUAACUUACAGAGCAAAGUGGGGCCUUACCAUGUCCACCAGUUCCCAGUGCCAUCAAUGAGGUCACCAUCUUCAAGCAUAUGUACAAAUGAUAACGUGGGUGGGCACUGGAAUCCAUUUGCAAUUGACGUGAAAGACCCAACAUAUCCAAAAGUACCUGGGUCAACGCAUGACAUGUAUGAGAUUGGUGACCUCAGCUCCAAACAUGGGUCCCUGGAAGGUAAAAACGAGGUGGACAUGGCCUUCACAGACUUCAGUCUUCCAUUGUUUGGACACAACAGCAUCGUAGGCCGGUCAAUUGUGAUUCACAACCCGAAUGGCGCCAGGUAUGUGUGCGCCUGGAUUGGCUAUCCUGGGGACGUGAUAGUAGCCAGAGCCAGGUUUGAGGGCCAGGUGGUCGGUGAGAUCCAGUUCACACAGCUGAAGAACAACCCUCUCUCUGAUGUAUCCAUCUUCAUGGAUUUAUCAUAUGGACAGCCCACAGCAGUUGCCACCAAAAACCACAACUGGCAUAUUCACAUCUACCCUAUCAGCUCAGAGAGUGAUGAUGAUGAAGGGCACUGUGGCACUACAGAGGGUCACUGGAACCCCUUUAAUGUUGACACAGGACACACCAGCUAUGCCCUCCACUGUGGGCAGUCCAGUCCUCUAUCCUGUGAGGUGGGAGACCUCUCCAAAAAACACAGCACCAUCAACCUCAGCCCCAGAGUUGGUGGAGUAGAAGGAAAAAACUUCUUCACUGAUACAACUUCGUGGCUGCCAGGGUCAGGCUCCAUGAUCGGCCGGUCGGUGGUCAUCCACAAAGCAGAAACCGCUGCACCCAGGUUUGUUUGUGCCAACCUUACCCUGGUCCGUGUCCCUUCAGCGAGGUCACACCUCUGGUUUGGCUCCAGGAGCACUCAAGGUCAGAUACAGUUCUCCCAGCCUGUUCCACAAGGCCCAACAGUUGUCAACGUCUCCCUCACAAACUUGAACUCCAGAGCCGGGGGCUACCAUGUUCACAUAUUACCCAUCAUGAGUGGCAGUGCACACCCCUGCUCCAAUGCUGAGAUCAUGGGCCACUUCAACCCUUUGUCCUGGAACACCUCGGAGUCCCCCAGCCCUGGAAAUGGCACGGUAGACCAGUAUGAGACGGGAGACAUCAGCGGGAAAUUUGGGUUGCUGAGCGGUUUCAACCAGUUUCACACUCUGUUGCUGGACAGUAACCUGCCAUUAACUGGGCCCAACAGCAUAGUGAAGAGGUCAAUAGUGAUUCACUACGUUAACGGAUCAAGAAUGCAGUGUGCAAACAUCUCGGCUGACACAACUGUGGAUGGACACUGGGUUUUUGCCAAGGCAGUUUUCAACAAUACAGUGUCUGGAACAGUCAGACUGUCUCAGCAGAGGUUUCCUGACGGGAGCAGCAGCGAUAUCACACUGGAAGUGGACCUGCGAUCGUCAGCUAAACAAGCUAUGACUGAGGCCUCCUGGUUCAUCAUGAGUAAACGUGUGAGCAACAGCAGCCAGUGCAGCGGUGUGGGAGGAACCUACAAUCCCUUCAACAUGGUGUCUACGGGCUCCAGCUGCUCGCGGGACAGUCCUCUGAGCUGCGUGGUGGGGGAGAUCAGUGGGAGGCAGGGCCCAGUCAGCCUCACAGAGAGGCAGCUCUACACAGACCCCAUCCUCCAGCUUGCUGGGGACCACACAGUUGUCCACAGAUCCUUGAUGCUGAAGGACGGAGACAGCGUCGUGGCAUGUGCUGACAUCCUCCCAGAAUCCCCUUCGGCAGAGCAGACCUUUCCCAGCGUCCCCUCCUUCAGCAGAUAUAACUUCCGGAAGAGUGUUGCUGAUGUCCUGCAGGUUGACGUGUCAAGAGUCAGCAUCCUGCCCGGCUCUCCUCUCUAUACAGCGAAUAAGACGUGCCAGCAGGUCUACUACCUGGUAUCUGGGGAAGUCAGUAAGGAAAGUCUGGACUCUGUCAAAACCAGUGAGAAGAUGGGCAUAUUCAAAGAGUCUGAAUCAUGCACCAGAGGUGCAGGUCUGCUGCUGGAACCAGGAAGGCUUCUUAUUGGCUUGAUGUUUGCUGCAGCUUACUUCCUGACAUCUGCACCUCAACUAUAAAUCACAGAGUCAACCAUGCCAUGCAUCACCACCGGGGAUAUGCUCCUCAUUUUACAGAACUGUAAAUAAAUUGAUGAAAUGUAGCCUACAAAAUGAUAUGAUUGUCAUAGGAUCUGUUUAAUUAAUCAGCAUAUUAAAUAACUGUUUCUUGGUCCAAUUUCCAGUUCCUCUCACUUUGCAGUUGGAUAUAUUUACAUCGUUAAGGUUUCCACAACUGUAAAUAGUCUUAUCACAUUUUGGACUACAUGCCAGUAACUGUGACAGAAAAUGUUGAGUAGGCUAGCUAGAAACUUUUUUCUUCCACAACAGAUAUAUUUCUUCCACAUCAUACCUACAGUAUUUCGGUUGGUGAGUUGGACUUAUUGCUGUAUAUUUCUCUCUUUUUUUCUUUCAUUUGCACUGCCAAUAUUUUCAUGUCAAUUUUAACGUGGUGUAAAUAUAUCUUGGAAAUUAUGUGAAU